CCCAUCUCGAGGACUUGCUUAAGAAAAAGAAGAAGAACAUUACAAAACAUGGAAACGCGCCUGAACGCUGUGUUUGAAGCUGCCGUGGACAGCAAGAAGGUCUCGGGAGUUGGAGGUAUCGUUCUCAACAAAGAUGGAAACGUGCUUUGGAAAGGCUCAUUUGGCCCGACGAACAUAUUGGAUCCAAGCUCGGCGCCGUUCACUGUGGACACACCCUUUCUCGUCUUCUCGUGUACCAAACUGGUCACCUCGAUCCUGGCGCUCCAGUUUCUCGAGGAGGGCAAGCUGAAGCUCGAGGACCCCGUCGAAAAGUAUGAGCCGGAGUUUGCCAAGCUCCAGAUUCUCGAGGGAUUUGACGCCGACGACAAACCGGAAACAAGGCCGCCGAAGGCGAAGGCCACGAUCCUGAAUCUCAUGACGCACACGUCCGGGUUGUCAUACGACUUCCUCGACCCAGUACUGAUGAAAUGGAGGGUCGCGAAUGGACAACAGCCAGCGCAGACGAUGACGGUGGGAACAAAGAAUGUGUACCAGACACCACUCGUCUUUGAGCCUGGAGAAAAGUACGCCUAUGGGUUGGGCGUAGACUGGCUUGGUUUCGUGCUUGAAGCCAUUUCAGGCAAAAAGCUUGCCGAACUGGUCGAGGAGCGAAUAAUCAAGCCGUUGCAGCUGAAGAAUACCGGGCCCAGGUUCGUGGAUGGUCAGACAUACAUGGCUGUUCAUGUUCGCGGGGAAGACGGAAGUCUCAUCUCGGCACCGGACUUGAAGCCUCUUGACAAUCCAGAGGUUCGCGGUGGUGGCGAGUUCCUUGUGUCCACGCUUCGCGACUAUUCGCAAAUUCUCCUGCCCUUGCUGAACGGCGGUGAACAUCCGAUCCUUAAAGUCCGCAUUCUGAAACCGGAGACGGUGCAGAAUUACCUGUUUACCGACCUAAUCACCCCGAUAACCCGCGACAUCUCCGGGAUUGGACGCAUUGGUUCUGUGCUGCCUUACCUAUGUAGUUCAGGGGAGCUUCUUCCGGGUGUGAAAAAGACUUGGAGCGCAGGUUUGCUUCUGAACGAGGAGGACAAUAAGUUGGGGCGAAAGGCGGGGUCAGGUUGCUGGGCUGGGGUAUCGAACUCAUACUAUCUUGUUGAUCCUGCAAGUGGCAAGCUGGCUUUCUUCACGUCUAGUAUUAUCCCAUUCUUAGAUCCAGAGAGUCUACACUUGUGGGACGAGAUGGAAAGAGCCAUGUAUGGACAUGAGGCAAAGAAGACAUUCGGCGAAGCUGGUGGAAACCAUGGGCCCUGGAGCCAAACCGCCUCUUUGUAGCGAAAAAUUCG